AUGAAUGUUAUGAAAGACAAUCAAGUCCCAGCCCUAGAAAUAGCAGAAUUUUUUCUUUCUUUAGACCCUAAGAGAGAAUAUUUUGUCAAAGAUAAAAUGAUAAAAGUGGAGGGGAAUUCGGUGCCAACUGUUGGCAACCUUCGUCUUAAUAAACUAUUACAAAUUACUCAAAUGCUUUAUGCGGCCAAAGAAGGAAAAUAUUUAUUUCCGGAAAAGUUUUUGGCUUUUGAGCAUGGCGGAAUAAUCUAUGAUAUUUACCAUCAGUUCCAUUUUCUCGUUAUUCCUCACAAAUCUACCUCAAUUAAGAACUUGAGUUCCAACUUAAAAGCCUUUCUUGCUAAAAUUUUUGACUACUUUAAAACUUAUACUAAUCAGCAAUUAGAGGAUUUUGAAGAAGACGGUUUUUUUCUUUUCUGUCUAUUAACAAUUACUUCCCAAAAUGAAGAAGAAAAACAAUUUAUCUCCCAGUAUGAAAUUCGUAAAUUACCUGAUUGCUUAAAAAUUGAUCCUUCUUUUGUUAGAAUACAUCGCCAUGCGAACUUGAAAAUAGCAAAAAGUAAAUUAAUUAAACUUCUCUGCAAUAAGUGUCCACAAGGAUGUUUUAAAUGGCUUAAAGAGAAAAAUCAAAACGAAUAUGAUUUUAUUGUAAAAAAGCAUGAAGAUUAUCGUAAUGAUAAGUUAAAUGUUUCAAAAUUGCGACCGCCUAUUGAAGUUGAAAUAGAUUAA